AUGAAAAUAAAUGUAUUCCUUCCAAUAAUUCGAUUGCUGAGUAUAAAAAGUCAAAAUUUUAUUAAUUCACUCAGAUCCUUGAUUAAAGAAAAACUUUAUAUUCUGUAAUUCAUAAUUCUUUUUAAAAAUACAUAAGCAAUAACAGCAUCAAUCUAUUCAACAACAUUGAAUUCUUUUGGAGAUUUAAUAAAAAUUCUUUCUGUUUAUUUAAGGGCUUCGUGGUUUUUAUGCUACUAAAUUCUAGGGAUCUGCAAUGACUUUUUAAGAAUUAUAUAUUCAUUCUAAGUAUAAAAUGAGAAUAGAUAAAUGGAUCUAACAAAACAAUAAGAAUUAUUAUAAGAUUUAGAAGAAUUUAAAAUAUAAUUAGGAAUUGAAGAGACAAAUGUUUGGAAUACAGGAAUAGAAUAUGAAAUAACUCUUAUUAAAAUUAUGCUAAUGAAUAGUCAGACAAAUUCAUAAGAAGGAUAGAAUCUGUUAAAAAAUGCAAUUAAAAAUUUAGUUUAAUCAUCUUUGUAAAUGUCACCUACUGAAGACUUACUUCCUAGUCUUAUUGAAGGAGCUAAAUUUCUAUUUAUAUAAUACAAAGAUAAAGUAUUAUAUCCUUAAGAAGUGUAUGCUACCUAUUAUUUAUUCUAAACCCUUAAAUGGUCUAUUGUUAGGCAAUUAAAAUCUUAGUAUUCAGUCUAUAAUUAAAUUAAAUAACUAAAAGAUACAUUUAUGUAAUAUAUUCUAAAUUCAGACAAUUGGAUUAUUCAUUAUAGUUGGAUAUCAAUGAUAGUCGAUAUAUUAAUAUAUAGACCAAUUCUUUAUAAAAGUCAAAUUUUAAAAGAUUCUAAUCCUAUUUAAUAAUAGUCAAUAUGGAACAAUUUAAUUGAAAAUAACUAAAUUAUUAAUCUUUCAUAUAGUAGAUAAUAAGCAUCUGUUAUAUUAUUUCAAAAUCAAGCAAAAUAUUUUAGCAAAGAAAUAAUGAAUCUAAUGGAAUAAUAAGGUAUUCCUAAAUUUAAAUUAAUAUCCGAGUUUCUUUUAAAAGGUUAACUUACUCAAUAAUUUAAUCUUUGGAAUUUCUAUCAAGAUUUUUCUUUUAAAAUAUAAUAAAAACAACCCUUAAAGGAUUUUGAGAUUGUUUUAGAAAAUAAUGAUUUAUUAUUAUUGGAGAAAUAAAUUGAAAUAUUUAAUUCUCAAUUAGAUGAAUUAGUUCUUCUUUAUUAAUAAAUCUAAGAAUAAUUUAUUGAUUAUUUUACAUAAUCAAUUAGUACAGAACUAAAUAUAAAAUUAUUAUAAGAUGAUUACUCAGAUUUUGAAAAAUAAUUUUUAGAUACAUAUAUUUUGGCAUUAUAUCGUCUCAAUUUUAUCAUAGAAAGAUUUACCAUUUAGUUUGAAAAAUUAAAAUUACUCUCUUCUUGUUUUGAAAAACUAACAGCUGAAGUUAAGCAAAAUUUAGAAAAAAUAUUUAUUAGUUUAGAAGAAUUGAUUAUGGUCAAAAUUUAAGCCUAUUAAGAAGAAUUUCUUAAAAAAUUUAUACUAGUGAUAGAGUAUUUGAGUUAUCUUUCUGAAAUUAGUUUAUAUCCACAAUCUAAAAAGUUAACUGAUUUAGAGAUAAUAAAUUCCAAAUUUUAAAUAUAGAUUUAUUUGAAUUUUUAAUAAAAUUUUGAAUAAUUUUCAAUUUUUUAAUAGUUCAUACUCAAUACUAAGUAAUUUUAAUAAAAGUGUUCUUUUUCAAUGUUCAGUAUUAAAAAUAAUGAUUAUAAUAUUGAAAUAAAAUCUGAUUUAAUUUUAGCUAUGUCAAAUACUAUAUGCUAAGGAAAAUGGAUUAAAAUAUUAAGUAAUUCACUAAGUAUUCAUUUUUUAGAUAGAUUUAAUUUAUAUCAAUAAAAUGUUAAAAGUAAAGAGGAUAUUCAAAAAAAUUAAAUAAAUUGCAUCUUUAGCUUAAAAAUAUUGAAACUAAUUAAAUAAUUCUGCCAUAUCCACUAAUAUAAAAUUAAUACAUUUGACUAUUAAAUUAAUUAUGAAAAAAUCUAAGUAAUUCAAGAAUAAGAAUAAAUUAAUAAAAAUUUUAACUAAAUGAUAAUCUAGUAGUUAACUUAGUAACAAGAAAAAAUAAAUUUUAUUUCGAAAUAAAAUAAUAUUGAUAAAAAUAUCAAUUUAAUUAAAGAAAAAAAAAAUAGCUUCUUUAAUAAAUAAAGUAAGAUUAUAAAACAAUCUUAAAUGGAUAUGAAAAUAUUGUUUGCGGAAAUAUUUAAGCAAUAAAAUCAUAAGUUAAAAAAUUCAUGCAAGAUGCUCAAAUAUUUAUUGCUUUAUAAAAUUAGAAUGAAAAUUAUGAAGUUGAUGCUAUACAUACUUAAUUGUAAAAAUAUGAUGAUAUUAUUUCUUAAAUUAAAAAUAAUUAAGAAGAAUUUACUAAAAGUCUACUAACAUAAGAGAAAAAAAGAACUUUCUAAGAUUGGGUUAGAAAGAAUAAAUAUUUAGAUUUCUGUCAUUUUUGUAUAGAUUGACAUUUACGGGAGAUAAAGAAUACAAAUAAAUUAUUAAAAUUGUUAGAAUAAUUGUUAGUGAUAAAUAUAGAUUAGCUUUAAUAAACUGAUAAUGAAGAAAUUUAAGAGCAUAUAGAUAAUUUUAAUACAAAAAGGGAGCAAAUUUUUAACAAAUUCAAUAUUUAAACUUAAUUUACUAAUUUUAUUGAAAUUUUGAAGAGAAAUAAUUAAUCUGAAAGUUGCAAAUGUAACUUUUAAAUUGAGCAAUAAAAUUAGAAAAUUGAAUCUAAUUUACAAGAAACUUUAGAUUUCUUUUUAUUAAAAUAACAAAAUUAAGAAUAAAUAUCUCAAAAGUUAGACCCAUUAUACUUAAAAUUGAUAAAUAAUCUUUAAGAGUAAGUAACUAUAAAAAAGUCAAUAUUUGAUGUAUUUGAUCUUAGCAACGAUUAUAAGAUUAGGGAAUGUUUAGUUUAUAAUUUAAUAAGGCUAUAGCAAGGAAUUAAAGAAGCAUAGAUUUAAGAAUUUUCAUCAAAACUUAUUUAACAUAUUUGGGUUUUUGAAAAAGAUUAAAGAGUUAGAAAUCUAUUAAAAAAUAAAGAAUUAAUUGAAAUAUAAAAACUCUUUUUCUCUAAAGAUAUCAAGUCUAUAUCUGAAUAAAUAAGAUAAGAGAUGAAAUUUAGAAUGAAAAGUAUAGAAGGCAUUUAAUAAGAAUUAAGACUUGAGGGCAAUUCAUAGGUUAAAGAACAACUUAAACAAUAACUUAUAUUAGCCUAUGAAGAACUUGAAUAAUAUAAUGAUAAUAUUACAGAAAUGUCUGAAAAAAUGGAUAUAAGUUUAAUAUUUUUAAAGGAUAUAUCAAAGGAUGUAAAAUAAAUAAAAAAUUAAAUUGAUAAUUUAUAAGAAAGUUUAAAUUAAGUAGGUGAUGAUAUUCGUAAAUUAAGAGGGAAAAGAUAUGAUGAAUUAUUAGAAAUUAGAAAAUAAAAGAUAUUAUUUUAAUCUAAAUUAGCAGAAGUAGAUUCUGUUUAUGUUUAAUUGAAAACAAUAGAAUAUGAUCCUGUUAGUGGUGAGAGUAAAAGAGUUAAUAAUGAAGUAGAAAUAACUAAAUUAAUGAGUGAGUAAUGGAAUGAUUUUACAGGUGAAGUUAAUGAAUUUAUUUGGGAUUAAUCAAAAUAAAACGAUGUUAUGUUACUUUCAGGAAAUGCAGGUUCUGGUAAAAGUAAGGCAGCUAGAAAAAUAGAAGAAUUUAUAUGGAAAUAAUAUGGAAAUCAUUCGAAAUGGAUUCCUAUAUUUAUAUCACUUCCAACUAUAAAGAAUCCUAAGUACAAUUUAUUUGAAUAAGCUUUAGAAUCAGAAAAUUAUUAAUUUGAUAAAUAUUAAUUUAGAGAAUUUAAAGAUGCUAUUUAAAAUAAAAAAGAAUUUAUUGUUUUAAUACUUGAUAGUUAUGAUGAAAUGAAAUAAGAUUGUAUUCAAUAAAAUCUUAUUAUUACAAAUAAAUUAAUUCAAGAUUUAAAUAUUGAGUAAAAUUAAAUAUCAGUCAAGAUAAUCAUCACAACAAGAAAAGAAAUAUUAAAUACUUUGGGAUAUUAAACUUGGUUUUAUGGGAAUAGCAUAAGUAGUUUAAAAGAAGUAAAGAUAGAGGAUUUUGACGAUGAUUAAAAAACAGAUUAUUUAAUUUAAUAUAAUGAACUUAGUGUAAAGAGAAAAAUAAGAGCUGUUUAUGAUUUUUUGAAGUAGAUUUCAUCAUAGAAUUUUAAUUUAGAUGAAUUUUUAGCUAUCUGGUAUUAAAUUAAGGUAGAAGUUAUUUAAAGUAUAAAAAAUUCUCAUUAAACACAAUCAGAAUCAAUCUUUUAAAAUUCUUAGAGGGAAGAUUUAUUAAAAAAAAUAUUAGUGCAUUCUCCAUUUAAGUAUCUAAAGGAUGAGUAAAUUACAGGACUUAGAAAAAAUUUAUCAUCUCUGUGGAGUGUUUAUAAAUUUGAAAAUGCCAUUAAAAAUGUAGGUAUUUCUGAUUUAUUAUCGACUCCUUUUAUGCUGGAAAUUAUAGUCUAAGUAUUGCCUAGCAUGGCAAAACAAUAGCAAGGUUCUUUUGAUAUUAAAAAUAGAUUUGUUUAAAGUUAUCUUAAUAUAAUAAAUAAAAAUAGCUUAUCUAAAAAAUUAUUAGAAAAUUAUCAAAAUUGUUUAGAUUAAAAAGAGAAUAAUUUAGUGAGCUAACAAAUUUUUGAUGGAAAAAGAUCAAAAAUCUAAUACAAUUAAUUUAUUGAUAAAUAAGAAUAACAAAUGAAGAUUUAUUAAUUUUUGGAUGAAUUAGAAAGUAAAAAGUUCUUUUAAACUUAUUCAAUAACUAGUAUUCUUUAAAUUGAUAACUAAAACUUAUUAGUUGAUAAUAAACCUUUUGAAAUCUAUUCUGAAGAUUUAGAAUGUGUAGUUUAAGCUUUAAAAAUGAAAAAGUAUACUAUAUUUGAAUUCUAUGACAGUUUUAUUCAUUUUUAUCAUGAUCAAUAAAUUUAAAAGUUAAGGGAGACUGGUAAAAUUUCAAAUUGGGAAAGUUUUAAAGUAGAUAUUUUAUAAUUUUCUUCAAAUUUAGCAUUAGACAUGAUAACCAAUGAAUUAUCUUAAAUUACAUAUUAAUAAAAAGGAAAAUUAAAAUUGACAAAUAAUUAUAAUUAUAACAAGUAUUAAAACAAAGAUGAUUGGAUUGAUGAAUAUUUUAAUGAUUCAUAAUAAGAACUUGAUUAUAAUAAAUUAAUAAGAAGUUGUAUACUGUUAAAUGCUAAAGGGAGUAACUUUUCUUUUACUCAUAAAUCUAUUUAAGAAUUUUAUGUUGCUAAAUAUAUAUUGGAUUAAUUGCUUUAGUUCUGUAAUUAAGAUAAUUUAGAUAAGAAAUAUUCAAAAAGAUUAAUAGGAUCAUUAUAUAAUUAAUCUAAAUUAAAUAUUUCAAAAGAUCAUUAUAAAGGAGUCUUAAUUUUUAUAUAAGAGAAAUUAAAUAAUGUCGAAAAAAUAAAAGACAUUCUAGUUAAUAUAGUUAAACUUUCUACUGAUAAUAAAUUCAUAAAUGCAGCUUCAAAUAGUUUUUACUUGUUAUCUUAUUCAGAUGUAUAUCUAGGAUAUGAAAAUUUUCAAAACAUUAAUAUAUGUGAUACAAAUAUUUCAGGCUUAAGUUUUUGUUGUUCAGAUUUUAGUAAAUCUAAAUUUUAGAAUGUUAAUAUUAAUUCUUGUAAUUUUAAUUAUGCUGAUUUGACAGAUGUUGAAUGGAAUGAUGUAUAAUGUAAAGAAAAACCAUUUUUAUAAAAAGAUGAGGUGAUAAAAGUAGUUAAAUUUUCUCCAAAUGGGAAAUUAAUUGCAUCAAAUGGAUAUGGCAACUUAGUAUUACUUUGGGAUGUGGAAAAUUAUUAAGAAAUAUUAAAAUUGGAUAGCCACAAUGAAAAAAUACUAGCAAUUGCUUUUUCACCUGAUAAUAAAAUUUUAGCUUCUGCUAGUUAGGAUAAAACUAUAAAGUUAUGGAAUAUUGAGAAUCCUGAAAUUAAAUAAUUGAUUAAUACAUUAGACUAUCACGAUUAUCCAGUUACAGAUAUAAAAUUCACUUAAGAUGGAAAAAAGUUAGUUUCAAUUGAUAAUUCAGGUAUGUUGGUAUCUUGUAAUUUUGAUUUGACUACAGUAAAAUUAGAUGACAUUAUAUUUAUGUAUGAAUAGGAAAUCUUGGUAUAAACUUGCAGUUAAGAUGAUAAAUUGAUUGCGAUAGGAUUAAUUGAUUCUAGAAUUAAAGUAGUUGAAAUAGAAACCAAGUAUGAAAGAGAUUUAAUAGGACAUACAGGAAUUAUUAAUUCCUUAGCUUUCAAUAAAGAUGGAAGUAAAUUAGCAUCUGCAUGUAACUAUUUACUAUUAUUAUGGGAUUUGAGAAAUUAUUGUAAAUGCUAAAUUUUAUCAUUUCAAGAAUAUUCAAUCUAAUAUUUAAUUAUAGUAAAUGAAAGAAAAAUACUCAUUGGGGCUUAAAAUUAUUUGGCUUAUGGAGAAUUUUAGUAUGAUUCAUCAGCUUAUUUUACUAAUAUAUAAUAAUCUUAUCCUGUUCAACUAUUUCCUAAAUCUAAUUUUGCUUUUAUUUUGUAAGGAGAGAAAAUUGAUAUACUUGAUUUAAAUACUUAAACAAUUAUUAAUAGUAUAUUUUUUGAAGAAUUAAUUUCUGAAAUUGAACUUGAUAGCAAUGAAUAGAGAUUAAAAAUUUUACCUACAAAAAAUUUAUAAAAUGUAAGAUUUCUGGAUAUGAAUACUUUUUAGGAAAUAUUUCUUUCUGAAAGAGAAUAAAAUAAAAUUUAUUAAUAAGAUCUAGUAUUUGAGAAAUGUUAUAGUGAAAUUAUAAUAUAUGAUGUAAAGAAUUAGAAUAUUGAUGAAUCAGAUAAUUCAGAUUGUUUAUUUGAUACUCAAAUAACAGAAUUUUCAUUCUAAACUAAUUUAUAAUUAUUGGCUUGUAAAACUCGUUAAUCUUAUUAUAGAAAAUCUUUUUUUAUUUUAUAUGAUUAUAAAGAAAAAAAGCGUUUAGAUUAUGAUAUUCAAAAUAUAGAAAUUGCUAAUAAAAUAGUCUUUUCUCCUAUCAAACCUAUAAUGUCCAUUAUUUAUGAAGAUGGAAGUUUAUAUUUUUGGAAUAUUAGUAAGCCUCCAUUUGAAUAUUAGAUAUUUAAUGAAAUUGAUAAGAAUAUUAAGGUAUAAUAAGUAAAUUAUUCGCCAGAUGGUUCAUUAUUAAUUAUUUCAACCAAUGAUAGAAAAAUCAGAAUUUUAGAUGAAAUAAAUGGAUCUAAAACUAAGAUAUUAGAAUUUGAGUCAUACAUUUAUAGGGAAAUUUAAGUAUCAUUUGAUAAUGAGACUUUGGCUUUGUAUAACAAUAAACAUAUAUUAUGGAAUUUAACUAAAAAUGAAGAAAUAUUAUUAGAAGAUCAAGAUUCAUCUUCCUCUGACUCAUUAUUUCUAUUUUGUCAAGAUGGAAUAUCUUUUGCAAUUUUAGCUGAGGGAUGGUUAAGAUUAUGGAAUAAAAAUACAGGAGAGAAAAUCAAAAAUUAUAAAUUUCCUGAUUUUGAAUCAAUUAAAUGUAUUAGUUUCUCUAAAGAUGGCAAGUUCUUUGUGACUGCUGGAAAAUAUAUUAGAAUUUGGAGAUAUUCUGAAAAUUAUAUUGAAUAGAUUAGCGGAUAUUGCCCUAAAUUUAAUCUUUAUCAAUCUCAAGUUGAAAUUAGUAAAUUAUUUUUAUUUGAUAAUGACUAAAAUCUUAUUUAUAUUAUGGAUGGAUAUUUAAAAAUUAGUGCUCUAUCAAAAUUUCAUUUAAAGUGUAUAAUUCCUACUUAAAAAAGUUUUGUUUAAUUUUUAACAAAUGGAUAUCUCGUCAUUGCAGAAUAUUUAAAUGUUGAAAUUUUUGAUUGGAAAUUAUAGAAAUCUAUAUAAAAAUUUAAUGAUAAAAUUGUAGAGUUCUUUUAAGAUAGUUUACAUUGUAUAACUAUAAAUUAUUAAACAAUUAUUAAGAUGAACAUUUUUACGAAAGAGGAAAUCUUUAAAAUAGAUAUUUGUCAAGAAAUUAAUAGAGCCAAGCUUAGCUAAAAUGAAAAGAUUCUAUUUUUAGAAUGUAAAAAUAUAAUAAAACUAUUAAAUCUUGAAGACACUUUCAAUAUAUAUGAAUUUGGAUGUUAUACAAAUAAUGCUAUAUAGGAAUUAACUUGGUCAAGUAACAACGAUUAUAUUUGUUAUAGACCUAAUUCUGAUUUUGUAAUUAGAGAAAUAAAAACCUAAUAAAAAAUCAAAUUUACAAUUCUAAAAGAUAAAGUGUUAUAAUUAAAUUCUUUUGAUUCUGAAAAUAAAAUAUUAUUACAAAAUUAGAAUGGUUCAGGCAUCUUUAAUCUUGAAACUUAAUAAUUUGAAGUAUUCAAAAAGGAAUUUUAAUAAUCAAUAAUUUCAUUUAAUGGAUAAUUAAUUGCAUAUUAAGAGGGUGAUUAUAAUAGAUCAAUAAAAUUUUAUGACAUUCCAAAUGAUAAAUAGUUGACUGUGCUUAAUGAUAAUUAUACAUAUCCUAUUCAAUUUUCAAAAAAUUGUGAAUUUUUGUAUGGAUAUAAAAAGAAUGAAAACAAAGUAAUAAUAUUUUCUAUUGAUGAAUAAAAAUAAUUAAAAAAGCUUUGCUCUUUAUAAUUUGGAUCAAACUGUAAAGAAGUGUCAAUUACUCCAUCUUUUGGUUAUCUAACUGUCGGACAAUCAAAGUUACUUAAAUUAAUGAAUUUGAAUUGGAUAUUAAAAGCUUAAAUGUUAAUUAUUAAUGAAAUGUAACAAAGUGAUUAAAAUAGUAAUUCAUUAGUGAUAUCUUAUGAUAACACUAAAAUUAUCACAGUAUUUAAAAAUAUUCGAAUAUAUAGAUUAGAUUUAGUAGAAGAAUAUAUUACUAGAAAAGUUGAAUUUAUUAUAAAUUGUUUUGUUGAAAUUGAUAAAAACACACUUUGUAUUGGUUAAAAGGAAUUCAUAUAAUUAAUUAAUCUUGAUAAAUAAGGUAAUGACACUCUAUUAGGGGAACAUGGCAGAGAAAUAACAAGUUUAAGUUACUCUUAAAGAACAUAAUUAUUAGCAUCUGGAAGUAAAGAUUAAAAGAUAUUUUUAUGGAAUGUUAAUGCUAAAAAGAAAAUAGCAGUAUUUGUAGGUCAUAUAGAUAUUAUCAAUUAAUUAUCUUUUUCACCUGAUAGUAAAUGUUUGGCUUCUGCAAGUGAUGACAAAUAAAUUAAAUUAUGGAAUAUUGAACAAAUUGAAUAAUCAAAAGUAUCGAAAGGACAUUAAAAAUGUGUAACUUAAGUUGCUUAUUCAAAAGAUGGUUUAAUUAUUGCAUCAAGUAGUUUUGAUAAAUCAAUCAUUUUAUGGGACUUAAUAGAUAAGAAAUUUAUCAUUAUGUUAAAAGAACAUUUAGCUUCUGUAUUAUGUUUAAAGUUCUCUUAUUGUUCAAAAUGGUUGGCAUCAGGAAGUAAAGAUGAAUCAAUUUGUUUAUGGGAUGUUAAAUUUCCACAUGAGACAACUUUAUUUUAUAAAAUAAAGGAGAUGUAUUUAAAAACAUAUGAAAUAUAAUUUAAUCCAUCAGGAUGCUUUGCUACUAUUUCAAAUGAUACAGGAAAAUAUGACGAAAAUUCAGAAUAGGAAAAAGAACAAGUAAUAAUUACUAAAAUUUCAAUUUGGGAUUUGUCUUUAAUUGGUAAGAAAGAUUAAAAUUUUGAAAUUUAAAAGUAUUCUCCUAAUCCUAUUUGUAUAUUUGGUGAUAGUAUUGUCUUUUUAGGUUAUAAUAAAUUAAUAAAAAUUUAUGAUUUAUCAAAAGACUAAAGGGAAAAUCUUGAAGGACAUUUGAAUGAUGUUAAGAUUAUUAAAUCUUGGUCUUCUGGACAAAAAUUAUUAUCACUAGAUAUAAAUAACAUUAUGAUUUUUUGGUAACAAAUAAACAAUAUUUGGAAAAAGUAAUCACAAUUUUUAUUUAAUUCAUCUAUUUCUGAAUUUGAUAUAAUUAAAUUAGAUUAUGAAGAAUACAUAGUAUCAAUGUAUAGUGAUUUAAUAAUUAUAUCAAAUUUUAAUUUAUUGGAAAAAUAAAAACCUUAUAUUGAAAUAAAUGAUGGAAAUUCUAUUUCAAAUAGUUUUCUAUCAAAUAAUGAAAAAUUUUUUAUUUUAUUAAAUUAAUCUAAUGAAAUAAUACUAUUAGAUAGUGAGACAGGGCAAAUUAAAAAUAAAUUAACUAAUCCUUACUAUUACCUUAAUACUAAAUAAGUUAAAGUAUCCAAUGAUAAUAGAUUUAUAGCAGUUUCUGAUAAUUAAACAAUUAAUAUAAUUGAAAUCUUUGAAAAUAAAUACUAAGAAAUUCCAGAUCUAGGACAAAGUGUGUAGAUUUUUGAGUUUAACUGGAAUGAUUCAAAUAUUUUAUUUACAGUGUCAGACAAUUACAUAAUUAGAAAGUGUGACUUAAAAAAUAAAUCUAAUGAAAUUAUUAUGGAAUAUGCAAAUUCUUAUACAGAGACUAAUUUUAGUUUAAAUUUUUCUAAACAACUCAAUUAUUUAGUUUAUUCAUACUUUAAUAGACCAAUUACCUUAAUUAAUCUAAAUGAUAAAAAAAACUAUUAAAUACCAAUUUAAGGUUUGUAUGGAAUUGCAACUAUUUCUAUUAAUGAAAUUUUAGUUGCUAUAUCCACAUCAGAUUCUAUGAUUUAUUUAUGGAAUCAUGAAAAAGAAAUUGUAAAGGAAAAUAAUUUGAUUUAUAAAAAAAAAAUUAUUAAUUUAACAUUUACAAAUGAUGAUACUGAGUUAAUUUGUUCCUUCCAGGAUUCAAUAUGUGUAUAUUAUAUUUAAGAAGAUCUUUAAAUAAAAUAAAAAUAUUUUUGGAAGAUAGAUAAUUCUACAAUUUAUACUUUCUGUCCUAAGCAUUUAUCAAUUUUAAAAGUAGUUCAUGAUCAAAAUGCAUAUAUU